GCCGCAAUGAGCCAGGACAAUACGCCCGUUCCCUCGACCGAGGGCGCAAACCAAGGUCAGACCAUGUCUGAAGCCGAGCUGGACCAGAUGCAGAGCAUUCUCGACUUCGUCUACGACUACAGAACUCCCGACGGCCAUGACCCGUCCAAAGUCUUCCAUCGCAAGGUCAAUAAGCGCGCCCUCCCUCAUUACUACGAAAUCAUCAAGGACCCCAUGGCUAUGAGCACCAUCAAGGCCAAGAUUAACAACAAAGAGUACAAGGACUGGUCCGAGUUUGUCCGCGACUGGGCUCAGAUUGUCCACAACGCCCAAGUCUUCAACAGAGCCGAUGCCGGUGCAUACCAAGAUGCCGUAACUCUUCGAGAUGUUGUUACCACUGAACUCAAGAAACUGGUCGAUCUCAAGGUCAUUUCAGAAGAGGUUGCUCAGUUCCCCUACUUGGGCGAAAUUCCACCCCAGGACGAUGUGCCGCCUGAGGAAGAGGACGACGACGAAGACGAAGAUGACGAAGAGGACGACGACAUUGGUGGAGAUGAUUCGGACGACGAUGGCGGCAAGCGAAAGAGAAAACGAGGACGUCCUUCAAAACGCGACCGCGAUUUGGACAAAGACGAUGAUCCCGAGACAAGAAAGAAACGCGGAAGACCACCAAAGGUCCUCACUCCUGUCGAAGCUCGCAUUCAGGCUGUCCUUAAGGGCAUUAGAAAACCCAAGGGCGCCGGAGGUCUCAAGAUUACAUCCUUCGAACGUUUGCCUGACAAGGCAGUCAUGCCCGAAUACUACGCCGAGAUCCGAGAACCCAUGGCAUUCGAUGUGCUCAAGCGCAAGCUCAAGAGAAAGAAGUACCAGUCGCUCGAGCAGUUCAUGAAGGAUGUUGACCUCAUGUUCGACAACGCAAAGUCUUACAACCAGGACGAGAGUCAGAUUUACAAGGAUGCUGUAGAGCUGCAGGCUGAGGCGCACCGUCUGGCCGACGAGGAACGCAGCAAACCCGAUACCGACUAUGUCAUGGACGAGGGAAGAAUUCCUUUGCCCAACGGCAUUCUCUACAAUGGCGAGCUCUACAAGGUCGGCGACUGGGUCCACGUCCAGAACGCAAAUGACCUGACCAAGCCAAUCCCGUGCCAAAUCUACCGCACCUGGCAAGAUCCACAAGGCGGUCAAUGGGUAAAUGUCUGCUGGUACUACCGUCCCGAGCAGACCGUACACCGCUUCGACAAGCACUUCCUCGAGAACGAAGUGGUCAAGACUGGCCAAUACCGCGAUCAUCGUGUAGACGAAAUUGUUGGCCGAUGCUUCAUCAUGUUUACGACACGCUAUUAUAAAGGCCGUCCGCGUCGCCAACCCGCCGACUUGGACAUUUAUGUCUGCGAGGCUCGCUACAACGAAGAGAAGUUCAAGUUCAACAAGAUCAAGACGUGGGCCAGUUGUUUGCCAGACGAGGUGCGCGACAGAGACUACGAGAUGGAUCUGUUCGACAUGCCGCGCAAGAUGAGAAAGAUACCCAGUCCGAUCGCAUACCUGCUCAAGGACACUGAUAAGGAGACGGAUGACAUGCCCAAGCCUGAGUGGGGAGCGGAGAAUGCUCCUCCCAAGAUUGGUGCUGUUCACAGGCGUCCUCGCGAUCCCAGAGACUCUCCACCUCCAGAACCAACCCCCUCGCCUCCGCCUCAGCCUGCCAUCGCUCAAGCUCAGGCUCGUCAGUCUCAGCCAUCACACAUGUCGCCAUCCAUCCCGGCUGCUACCAUGCAAGCCUAUUCGCCUGUGCAGUCUCAGAUGACGCCCAUGCAAACGGCUGCCCAACCCGUUCGUCCCAUGCAACCCAUGACACGUCCUUCGCACACUCCUGCUCCUGUUCAACCCUACACGCAAACUCAUUCAGCCUCGCCCGCACCCAUGCCUAGUCUUCAACGCGCCUCCUCUGGCCAAUUUAAUCCUGCCACUCCUCAGCACAUGAGCGCAGUGCCUAUGCCUCGUACGGCUAGCCAUCCCUCCACAUUCCAACCACAGGCUCCUGCUAUACCGCCUGCUCCAUCUGCCUCACAAAGCCGCUUGUCGUACCGCGAUCCCGUGCCCAUUGAAGUCUGGACACUGCCCGAUGCAGCCAACGCCAGCAUCCCACCCGAGAUUCGUGACAUGUACCAGACGGACGACCAACGCCGCGUACUCUUCUUCUCUGCACCUCCUGUUCAACUCGCCGAAGAGGCCAACGACCCCAACAAGAACCUGGGCCACAGUCUUCACUAUAUGGCGGAGAAGUCGCGUCGCACUCAAGAAAUCGUCGCCCGCCGCAAAGCCUACGAAGAAGGCAAAGCUGCCCGCGCCGCCCAGAAGAAGCGCCAACGCGAGCUCGAUGAGGAGACACGCAAUGUAGACCACGAGACCCAGAAGGCCAGAGCUCUUGCUAUGUUGAACUCUCACCUCACACGAAGCACUGCCUGGGAGAUCAAGGCCAUGUAUGGU